AUGGAAAGUGUUUUCAUCAAACCCUAUUCUUUAUCUUGGAAAGGAAUAUGAAAACAAGAGGGUGUGUUUUAAAGAAGCCAUCUUUGCCCUUCUGCCAAGAAUGGUGUUUGGACUGUACUACAACACACCUCUGACUCCAGGUUGUUCCAAGAGUGGUCUUUUCAAAGCAUUUUCUGAACAUGUCAUGGGAAGACUGGGCAUUAUCCAAGAGAGGAACUUUCAGCAGUGAACCAAUUCGUGUAACGUUGCUAUCCAGAGGGACAAAGUUUAGAAACAUUUUAAAUGAGAAUGAGAUUAUUCAUGCUUUGGAUACAUACCCUGGAGUGAAGCUGAAUGUCUCACAAUAUUCUUGGGAUAUGCCGUUUGCUGAACAACUAAAACGGAGCCAUAACACAGAUAUAUUUAUUGGAAUGCACGGUGCUGGUCUUUCUCAUGCCCUCUUUCUCCCAGACUGGGCUAAUCUCUUUGAGCUUUACAACUGCGGUGAUGUGAAUUGUUAUCGAGAUUUAGCACGACUCAGGGGAGUCUCUUACACUACUUGGGAAAACGAGGACAAAGUUGUUGAACACACUGAGGAACUACAUCCACGGUAUAGUGAUCAUCCCAAGUUUAGAAACUACGCAUUUGAUGUGCGUGAAUUUAUGAGGCUUGUGGAACGGACAGUGAAAAAAGUGAGACAAUCUAUAGAUGAGUACACAAAGAAGCGUGGUAGCUGACAUCAGGAAACUUUAAUAAGCGUCAAGAAACAAUGUUUCACUGGAGGCUAAAGCCCAGAGUGAUGCAAACUUUACGUCACCAGAUCGAGGACCCUCGACGUCAAAGAAAGUCCAGAAUCCAUCGCUGGGGAAAAUCAUUUAAGUCACAACUCAGUGUAAAACCUCUGAGAUCCCUGGGCCUUAGAGGAUGGUCUUAAUUUCUGGUCUCGAGGGAAAUCGUUGGUUUGUUUUCCUAAGUGUCACAGCGAAAUGAACAUUGAGGCUCUCGAGAAAACAAAACUAAUUACUCCCAUCGAGACCGGAUUUUAAGCUUAGAGGAAUAGAUCGAAAGAUAGAAG